CAAUAUUCUUGAUUUCCCGGGUCAGCGUAUGGAUUGGAAUGUUGGAAUAUUGACUGAAAUGAAACUGAGUUCGGACUACUGGGAUGGGAAUGAUUGAACUGAACCAGGACAAUAACAUAAACAAUGUUAUUUUGGGUUGCGGUAGUAAAUUAUAAUCGAUAAGUGAUACCUUUAAGAUUAUCUAUUGUUAUGGAGGUUAUUGAGGCAGAAAAACGGGGUACAACUUUAUAUGUGUACGAAAAUUAUUUAUUUAGAAAAAGCAGAUCUUCCAUGAAUGGUGAUAAGUUAUAUGUCGCUUGUGUAUUUAAUGGAUGUAAAGCAACUGGUCAGAUCAAGAGAGAUGAGUUUAUCCCUAGAAAGUGUCAUAAUCACGGCCCGGAAGAGUUGCGAAUUCAAAAGUUGCGUUUGCGAGCUGAUUUAAGAAAAGUUGCUGAAAAACAUCGAGGGCCUGGUAUGAAACGUGCCUAUGAUGAGGCGUGUGAGAGGUAUCAGAACGCUGCAGAAUUUGUCUCAUAUAAUGCAUUCAAAUCAACGAUGUAUAGGACCAAGCAGGUACAAACUCCACCCAACCCACAAGAUCUCACUGACUAUGCUAACAUUCUCAGUCAGGAAGAAGGAGAACAUUGGGCCAAGACUAUUGAGGAGCAGCGUCGUCCGUUUUUCCACAAGUUGAUUGAGAACAAUAAGGACGACUGGAAGGCUGUUAUCUUCAUCUGUCCGACGCUGAGCUCCUUGAUGGAAACCACCAACACCGUGCUCGUGGACGGCAGGACGACGUAUGAGGACAUUAUGUUGCAACUAAGGGCCUACCAGCUGUUCACUGUGCAUGUGCUGCACAUGGGUCAUUUCUUCCCGGUGAUGUAUGCCCUGAUAUCUCGCAAGACCGAGGCUUGUUACCGAGGUGUGCUGGGUGAGGUGGUGACCAAUGUCUGCCCCGGCUCCAGAGCCUCUGUCCACACAAUACUCUCGGACUACGACAGUGGGAUGAUGAAAGCUGCUGCUUUUACCUGGCCCCAUGCCACUGUUGUUGGAUGCUUCUUCCACUUUGUCCAAGCGGUGUACCAUAAGCACAUAAGUGAGAACAUGACGGAGCUGACGAAGCACAGCGUCAGUGCACGAACUGUACUGCGGAUGUUGAUGGCACUGGUGCUGCUGCCGGCCCAUCUCAUGGGUGAGGGGUUAGACCUAGUGUGGCAGUAUACAGUGCUCCACGAACUCCAGUCACAGUUCCGCCCACUAUUCGAGUACAUGCGUGCUUUUUGGCUCACGGCGGUAGGGCCGGACACUUGCUCUGUGUACAAUCAGUUGCACCGCACCACCAACGCUCUUGAGGCUUUCUACUUCCAGCUCCAGAGGAUAGAGAGGCGACCUUCCAUCUGGGAGUUUACAGGGGGCCUACAAAUGAUCCAACGCGACGCAGCUGCAGAUGUGUCACGGCUAAACAGUGGCUCAACGGUGAAGUGCACACGCAAGAAGCGACAGGCCUUGCAGGACAAACAGAUCCGCAAGGCAUGGGCCAUGCUGGAAGGAGACCGGUAUUCACUCAUGGAAGUUCUGACGGAGCUGGCACAUGCUGUCAUGGGACUAGAGGAGAGACUACGAAGUGAGUCCCUGUCUGCAGUUCAUGGCAGUCCUGAAACCUUACCUUCGUCUCAGCAGGAGUUACCAUAUACCGGUACACUACUCAACACAGAUUCGGGUCAUGGGGGAACAGACAAAUAGAAAUGUGACACAGGCAUAUUUUCGUGCCUUUUUUGUUCUCUUAGGACAAGAAGCUGAGAAACCUCUCAUUGCACUUAGUCCUGAAAGGUCCUUUGCACUUACUUCCAGGGUGACAGGAUAUUCAGGAUGGGUAAGGUAUUGGACCACCUCCUGUCGAGAUCCCCUUAGGAGGAAUGGUGAACACUCAGUCAUGUCACCUUGGAAGAAGGGGAGACCAGCUCUGGUCCAGGCUCUCCAACCAAAGUGGGCAGGGGACAAUGCAAUACUAAGUAAGGGAGUUCCACUCACUCCAACAGUCAUCCUCCGCAGUAGACUGGACCUAUCAAUGCACCCUUCCAUCCCAGUAUCUCAACAUUUGCGGUAAGUGAUGUGCAGCCCCUGGACACGGUUGCUCAGACACAUAAGUGAUACAUCGGUUUUUCCAGUACACAGUGUAGGCUCCACUGUAAAGUUUUAACCGGCUAGAAGUUGACUUUUCAUCCUAGGUAAUCUGGAUUAGUUUGUCCCACCCAAUAAAUUAUUUCUAACAGUGCCAAUGGGUACUUGAUAUGUACUAGAGUGAAAGGAAAAUAUCAAGAGUACAAAUUAUUCAUGCAUUUCAAUCUGAGAUAUACAAUUUUUGUAUGAGACGUAAUAAAACAAAUUUUUUUUUGUAGUGAUUACAAAUAUAUGAGAAUGUAUUAAAACUUGGGCUGCUAUUUCCAUAAAGGAAUAUAAGUAUUCUUUGUAAGAAUGAAUAUACUUAGCCAAUUUAGUAUUUAAGGUAAAUUUGGAGAAUAAUUGUGAUAAAACGUGAUAUGGUAAUAAAUAUUUUAUACAUGUUAAAUUUUAUAACAGUUUUUUUACUGGUUUAUAUUACAGAGCCAUUUAUAUUAUAUUUAGUAAUAAAUUGUAAAUAUGAAAUACACAUUAUUUUUUAAAUAUACGAGGAAAUUUAUUUUAUAAAACUGUUUACCUAGCUAUUAAUAUGUAAUUGAUUUCAUUAUAUUCAGUUAAACUUCUCAUUUAUUCAACUUUUACAAGCUACAUUUUAUUAGCUACAAUGAAUUAACUGUUUAUUCGUGUAUAUAAAUACAGUUAAAAACUUUAAUCCAUUGACGAAUUAUUUAUUCAGGCCUCUGCAAGACCGGUAGCAGCAAUUAAAUUGGGUAAAAGUGUAAAACUUAGAUUAAAGCUUUCUAAAACAAAAUCCAUAAAAGAUAGAGCAGUACAUUUUUUACCACUGUCUUUACAAUAUACUAAAUGUUAUACAGGUGGUGCAAAAAGAACACAUGGAUUUGAGUAGCGUAGUAUCACUGGACAGGAGCUGUCAGUGACCGCCUCCAUUUUGUAGGAUAUAGCUUUCAGUAGCAACGGCGCAGUGGACCGUGCAACAUGGAUUAUGAUCAACAAAGAAUUUGUUUUAGUGAAUGUUUGAGGUCGUUACAAAUAAAAAUGCUGUUUUAAUGUGAUGAAUCUCACUCCAUUUGAAUAGAUCUGUAAACAAGCAGAAUUGCCACUUUUGUGUAGCUAACAACCCACAAGAAAUUCAUAAAAAACCACAGCAACCUUAAAAUUACAGUGUGGUCUGGGGUCUCAAAAAUUGGUAUCGCUGGACCUUAUUUUGUUGGGGAGUGGUGCAAUAGUCACAGUUAAUUCUCAAACAUUAUGUGAAAAUGCUACACAUAUUUCUGCAGCCAAAACCUAAGGCCUUGAGAAUCAAUACAGCAUAAAUAUGGUUUAAAAUUAUUUGGUUAACAGGAUGGAGCUGUAGCACGUACGAGUAAUUCAUUUAUGGAAGUUGUUGAAAAAUGCUCACUGAUCACGACAUUGGCUUUCCUGCAUACACGCCAGAUCUAUCACCUUGCGACUUCUUCUUAUGGAGUCACUUGAAAUUCUAAGGUUACUGUCGUAAACCUCAUUCACACGAACAAUUAAAGGCUGCAAUAUACGAAGAAAUUGCUGUUUUAUUUAUAAGAAAUUUAUGGAAAACUUUGUGGAGAGACCUUAAAUGUAAUAUAUAAGGACACCAUUUUUCCUGUGUUAUUUUAACAAAAUAGUUGGUCAAUGUCAAUGUUCAAUUAUGUAAACUUUCAUAUUGUCAACUUCAUUAUACACCCAAUAGGGUU